AUGUCCAUGACCAUGAACCGCCAACAGAUUAUGGAGUCCAAAGAAACAACUGAGGAUGAAGAAACUAGAAGUGAGCAACAAGUUAACAUGAAAAACAAUGGGAUGGAGCAAACUAAAAUAUGUCAAGUGAGAGCAAUUGUUGAAAGACAGGAUCCCUCUUCUAAGGGAGUAGAUGACCUGACAAUAGGAAGAUUUUUGCGCGCUCGUGAUUUAGAUAUAGAAAAGGGUUCUUCCAUGCUCCUAAAGUACCUGAAAUGGAGAAGGGAAUUUGUUCCAAAUGGUUCAAUUUCUGUGUCUGAGACGCCAAAUGAAGUUGCGCAGAACAAGAUGUUUCUGCAAGGAUCAGAUAAAAAAGGACGACCUAUAACAGUCAUUCUUGGAGCUAGACAUGUUCAAAGCAAAGGAGGUCUAGAAGAAUUCAAGCGUUUUGUAGUCUAUGGUCUUGACAAAAUAUGUUCAAGGAUGCCACCAGGACAAGAGAAAUUUAUCGUCAUUGGAGACCUUCAGGGUUGGGGAUAUGCAAACAGCGAUAUCCAUGGAUACCUUGGAGCCCUAUCCAUUUUGCAGGACUAUUACCCAGAAAGACUUGCGAAGGUAUUCCUUGUGCAUGCUCCCUACAUUUUUUGGACAGUGUGGAGGAUUGUUUACCCUUUUAUAGACAACAAUACAAGGAAGAAGAUAGUAUUUGUGGAUAACGGUAAGCUGAAAUCAACUCUGCUUGAAGACAUUGAUGAGAGCCAGAUCCCUGAGAAUUAUGGGGGGCAACUUCCGUUAAUUCCUAUCCACGACAGCUAG